AUGGGAGACCUUAUGAAAAGACAGUUCAACAUCUUAGAUUUAUCUGGAAAGAAAUUUCUGGAAUGGAAAGUGGACGCAAUGAUGAAUUUGAAAGCUCAAGGCUUGGAGCACACUGUUAAAGAAAAUAAAAGUCCCUCUGGUCAAACAACUGAUACUACCACUUCUGCAAUGACUGUUGCAAAACCUGUUACUGAACAAGAUAAGGCAAAAGCCUUAGUAUUGUUAAGGCAUCAUUUACAUGAAGGCCUUAAAACUGAGUACAUGAUGGUUGAAGAUCCCAAAGAAUUAUGGGAUUGCCUUAAUGAAAGAUUUGGACACCACAAAAGGGUGCUCCUUCCUAAGGCAUUAUUUAACUGGACAAAUUUACGGUUCCAGGAUUUCAAAUCUAUGAUUGAAAAAACACUCACUACCUUUCAUGCAAGUAACAUACUGUUGCAAGAACAGUAUCGUGAAAGAGGUUUUAAAAGGUUCAAUGAAUUAAUGAGUGUAUUGCUUGUUGCGGAACAAAAUAGUGAACUUUUGUUGAAAAAUCUUAACCUGAGACCAACUGGGUCUUUGGCCACUCAUCAUGAGAAGGGACAGUCAUCUGGAAGCCACAAACAAACUCUUUCAAAAGGAAAAGACACAUGUUACAGAUGUGGCAUGACAGGACAUUGGGGACGUACUUGUCGUACGACCAAACAUUUGGUAGACCUUUACCAGACUUCUGUAAAAGGCAAAGAGAAAAAUGCAGAAGCAAAUUAUGUUAAUGAAGAAAAUGCUCCAUGUCCUACCCUUGAUGUGUCCGAUUUCUUCAUGGACAAUGCUGAAACUGGGAAUGAUUUUAUUCUUGGAGAAAACAACAAUGCUUAG